GGUCGCCAUGCAGGGGGGUGACUCUGCAGCUGGGCAACUAAAACGGUCCCUGCGCCCCUCGACUAAGUUUGAAGAGGGGGACUUACGGUAAACACUAAAGAGCAUGACGUAAGCAACCUGUUUGAGCAGUCAACUUAAAGAAGAGAAAACGCACGCACCUUACAGUAACGCGCCAUUCAGAAGUGCAGCCUGAUACUUAGCCAUGAAGGUCUUGAUAAUUGUGUGUCUUGCUGCCUUGUGUAGCGCAAAAUUUGUGGCAAAAAGAUCACAGACGGCGCAUUUUGAUGUGCACGUGACGGAGAAGUCGGCAAAGUUUGUGCAAGAGAUUGAGGCUGAUUUGGAGAAAAACCAGGUGGUGUACAAAACUCCCCAGCACAAUGAUGUACAAGAAACCUUGACUCUUCAAGACUUCAACAAGGGUCUGGAAAUUUUCUGCUUCCCUAGGAAGGCUGUUUGCCAUCUUAUUCCCCUGAAUCGCACCCAGUUCCCUGACCCUGUGGCGUUAGAAAGCAGCAUGGUGAAACUUUGGGCUGAGAGUCGCGGCGCUAUGAGUGAUAAGGAUACGGAAACCAUUGCUCAGAAAUGGUUCAUAUCCGAGGGUCCAAUUGAGAACAUGUCUUUCUUGAGCAAAGAGAUGCAAGAAAUGGUCCAAGGAUUUGGGUUUCCACUCUACCGCUUAGAAAAAGUCCCAGAUGAUGCUGAAUUCAUAGAAGUGGACGAACCUACACCUCACCGCCAAAGAAGAUCUGGCUUCAUCCCACAACUGGACAACGCUGUCUGUAACGAUACAGCAGAGAUCGCUCCUGGGGUGCCCGCCCCAGCCAAGUGGAGAUACGCCAUGACAGCUAACAAUGGAUGUGACUGGAUCUUUACUUGCGGCAAAACUGCCACAGGCGAAACUGUCUGCCCAGGAAGGGAGCACAUCCGAAACGCCAUUUUCUUCACUUGCCUGUGUUGUGGUUCUCACAAUCGUCUCAGUGAAUGCUUUUACUGCGUCAAGAUGCACGAAAUGUGAAGAAAUCGAUUUACAGACAUCAUCGGAUCGUCAAUUCGUGGACGACUUCUUGCUUUAUUAUUAGACUCAGAUAGACCCAUUUAUUUAUGAUGGUUAAAAUAUUCCAAUGAUUAUCUUUUCGUAUUUGGGCAUUUAAAUAUUAUAAUUUUAAAAAAAUCUGGUGUGAUUGACAUUCUGAAUCCUUUCCCAAACGAAUUACUAGUUUUUUUUUUUAUUUACCCAGUAUGUUGAUGAGAAUGAAAUAUUGACGGAGCUGUUUAUAUUGAUCAUCAAACCUGUUUAGUUUUACAGUUUUGUAUAAUAGACUAAUAAAGUUGAAGAUGUAAACUG